UCAGAGGAGUUUGGUUAUCUUAGACUUGAAUGUCCUCUCGGUGUAAGUAAACACUUAGCUCCUAAUUUCCGGGAUUUGAUUUCGGAGCCGAACAAAUUAUUGUUCGCUACCCUUUAACUAUUUUGCAAGGGUUGAUGGAUGGCAUUACGUGUUCAGGGACGAAAAUGUUUGCGGACUGUGCACAAUAUGCACUUAUUGCAACAGAGAAGAAACAAUAUUUAUUCUGUCUCUGAUGGAUUUGAUGAGGAGGAGAUCAGAAAAAAACUUCAGUGUUUUCCAGGAGGAUCAAUUGACCUCCUCAAGCAGAAGAAUGGCGUUGCUGUUCUCACUAUAAAUAAUCCAAGCCGUAUGAAUGCAUUCACAGGAACAAUGAUGACAGAACUUAAGGACAGGGUGACUGAACUGAAGGGAUGGACUGAUGGAAAAGGUCUUAUUGUCCAUGGAGCUGGCAAUACAUUUUGUUCUGGUUCAGAUUUAAAUGCGGUCAGAGCAAUUUCAAACCCUCAUGAUGGCAUGAAGAUGUGUAUGUUCAUGCAAAACACUUUGACAAAUCUCAUGAGAUUGCCUCUAAUCAGUGUGGCACUAAUAGAAGGGAAAGCACUGGGUGGUGGAGCUGAACUCUGUACGGCUUGUGACUUCAGGUUAAUGAUGCCACAAAGUGAGAUUCGAUUUGUUCAUAAACACAUGGGCUUAGUUCCAGGUUGGGGUGGUGCCUCUAGGCUGAUUCGUAUAAUUGGAGGCAGAAACGCCCUGAUACUUUUAAGCAGUGCUCGAAAAGUGGAUCCAGAAUAUGGACUAGCCAUAGGGUUAGCUGAUGCUGUAAUAACGCCGUCUGAUCAGAGUGGAUCCUUAGAAGCAGCUGAGAAGUGGCUUAGUGAGUAUAUUAAAGGACCGGCCACAGUCGUCAGAGCUGUGAAACAGGUUGUCUUGUCUGGGAGGGAACUGGACCUAGAGGAAUCCUUAAAAGCAGAAAAAACUAUUUUUGGGAAUGUGUGGGGAGCACCUGCAAACCUUGAGGCUCUGGCUCAAGGUUCAAAGCACAAGUGAAAAUGAAUUUAUAACUAACACAUCCUGAACUUUAUAAGCCAAUGUAAAAAGAUACUGCCAAUGAAGAAAAUUCACUACAGAGAUUAUGGUUAUUAUGAAGCCACCUGGAAUCAUAAAUAAACAUGUCAUCUUGGCAUUCUCAACAGGAUUUAAUAUUUGUGUUGUCAAGUUUUUAAUUACAUUGUGAAGAAAAUUCUCAUUGGUAUCCUGUACAUAUCCAGCUGAAGAGUGGUACAGUAUUAAGUUAAAAUUUUUUAUUUUUUUUAAGUCUGGUGAUAUGAAAGUGCUCAGUUCACAACAUAAAGUAAGCCUGUAAGGGCAGACAAAAUAAUGGAAACAUUGCAUGAAAAAAGAGUUAAACUUAGAUGCAUCUAAAUCACAUUUAUAAAUACAGAAGCAAAGGUCAGUCAUGUUAGGUUGAUUGCCAGUUAGCAGUAUGUGUCAGCUAUAAAAGAGGUCAGAGUUAUCACUUGAAUAUCUGAGUUUUCGAAGGAACAUUAGGCAACCAACAGAAUUCCAAAGAGGCCAUAUAGUCGGUGCUUAAACUGCAGAUCAGAAAAAUGCAAGAGUAUUUUUUGCAUCAAACAGUCUCAAAAAUAAUGUGCGGGUCAUUACAAGUCAAAUCAACCAAUGGCCCAUUUACUUCGGACUUGAAAAAUUACUAGAUGUACCCAUGUUAGUCAGGACACACCUUGUAAAUUUUUUUUGAUGUAAGAUCAAUACUUUCAAAGAUACAACCAGUUUACUGAGGGGAAGGGGGUGUCGAUUUUAUUCAACCUAAUUUUUUUCAUCAAAUUUCACCAUUCCACAGGCUCGAGAACUAAGCCACCAAGGAGGCUCAGACUUUGCACACUGAGACAUUAGUUGGCAUAGUAUGUUUCGAAAUUAAAACAUUUGGUCCAAAUGACCCUGCAUGGUCAAAGCAGACCCUUAAAGUUGACCACAAUUUAAUUUGAGUGUUUGGCUUGUUUAGGCCUAAGAAACACAUAUUUGUAACCAACACAGAGUAUUGAUUUUUUUCCUUAUUCAUAUGCAUAUAUUGGCUUUCUGAAAAAGCAAAAAACGUAAAAGUAAUUUUAUCAGGGUGUGAACAGCAAACCUCUCAAAUCCAAAAAAACAUUUUGGAUUUCAUUUUCAGCAUCCAAACUAUCCUGCACAAUUUUUCUAUUGACCACCUAAGACAAUAUUUGUUAGGUGCGAUUACAGUGUGUCAUUACACUUCUUAGUGCACCUACAAUAGUCAAUGGGAGGCAGUACUACCUUAAUUUCAAAGACAAAGAUGCCCUACACUCUGCACUUUCAUUUAAACAGAAAUGAAAUGGGUCACAUUCCUGCAGCUGCAAUACCAAAAUGGCUCUGAGGCUAGGGAUCUGCACUGGCAGUCGGAAGGUUGCUGGUUCGAAUCCCAUAAAUGCCAAUAGGGACUCUGCUCUGUUGGGCCCUUGAGCAAGGUCCUUAACCUGCAAUUGCUGAGCGCUUUGAGAAGUGAGAAAAGCGCUAUAUAAAUGCAAAGAAUUAUUAUUAGAAUUAUUAUGUUUACAUUUCAUUAUAACUAGUGUUAUAUUUAAGGAUAAAUCAAGCAGCUGUUAUUCACAUGUUGUACUUAAUGUGCCUUUGGUGAUUUUCUUUUUUUUUCACUAACCCAAUACCCAAGUUAAUGAUGAAAAACUUGAUGAUUAUCAUUACUGACAAAUGUUGAAUUUAACCCAUGUUUAGAAUGGAAAGUAAAAAUGAAAGAUUCACAUAAGAAAAGUAAGACUUGUUUUUUGAGAAAGAAGGGACCGUGUAAGAUACGGGAACAUUUUUUUUUUAAAUGUCUGGGCAUUCCCACAGCGCAUUAAGCUGGUCUGAAAAUCAGACCCAAAAUAUUUUUUUCACAUUUGAGAGGUCUGCUGGUCAAACCCUGAUGCAGUUUAUUUGUUUAUAACCUUUUGAAAAGUCCUAUGUAUGUAUCCAGACAUGGAAAAAAAUUCAGCAGGCUGUGUCAGUUACAAGUAUGUUUUCUGAAAAUCUAAACAUGGCAAAGCCAAAGAUACAAAAUAUUAUUUUUUCCAUUUUAGAAGAUCUGCUUUUACCAAGUGGUGUCAUUUGGACCAAACAUUUUGAUUUUGUUAUAAACUAUACCUACAAAGGUACCAGUGUGAAAGUUUUGAGCCUCCUAGGUGGUUUAGUUCUUGAGAUGUGGCCUUGUGAAAUUGAUGAAAAAAUAAAACAGUGUCACAAUUGACACUUUCCUCACAAAAUUGGUUGUAUCUUAGAAAGUACUGAUCUUACUUCAAAAUAAUUUUACAGAGUGUCUCCUGGAUAACAUGGGUACACCUGGCAUUUUUGUCAGAAUGUUUUGAGACUGAAAGAAUUUCUGGAAAAUCUGUUGACCCAUGCCAAAUAUGCACAAACUGCAUCAGCAAAGUUGAAGCUGACUGACAGGGAUAGAUGAGCAAUUCACAGGAUUGUUGGCACACGCCAAUUCUUUGACCACUUCUCUACAAAUACUGCAUGCUGUGAGCUUCAUAAAGUUUGAAUUUAUGUCAGAGCAUUUGGAAACUGCAUGUACAGUAUCAGAGUCCAAUGCACAAACACAAUCUGGUGUAAGAAGCACACAACCUGAACCCUGGAACAAUGGGAAAUGGUAGGAUUGGUCUCAUGUGUAACCUUUCACCCUUUUUGUCCUGAUUAGAAUCUAUUUAUGUUUGGAGAAGGACAAAGAAUAUCUGCUGCCAUAUGCCAAACAUAGAGGGGAUCUAUAAUGCUUUGGAUGUGCAUUGCUCUUCCUGGUCUUCUCAGCCAAGGAAUAUGAGGUUGUUUUAUAGAACCAGGUGCCCCCUAUGGUGCAAACACAUUUCCCUCAUGAUUUCCCGUAUUCCAGUUUGAUAAUACUCUCAUAGAGACAGACACACCAGAUACAUAGAGACAUGAACACCAGAAUGAGCGCAGCUGCCUGCCAUGGCCUCCCCAAUCACUAGAUCUAAACAUCAUUGGACUUUUAUGAGAGCUUUUGGAGUGUAGAGUGUGGAGUUGAUUUCCACCUCUGUCACUGCUCAAAUAUCUGGAGGGUUUUUUUUUAUGAAGACUAGUGCAACAACCAGCUACACCCAGUUCAGGACUUGUAUGACUGCAUUCCAAUGAGUAAUUAAGAAGUUUGUGAAGACAGAGUAGCUCAGCUCCUUAUUAGGCUGUUGAUAUUAACAUAUUUGUAUGUGUUUUUGUCACUUUGCGUACUUGCUGUAUUAAAUUGUAUAAUUGCAGGGUAUAGAAAUGAACUUAAAAUAAAUACAGUCAAACACCAAUGACAGUACAAGUUUUAAAUGUUGCCAUGCCCAUUAAUAUGUUAAUAUUAAUAUGUUCAUCCUGCAUAUAAAUAAUUACAAUGUAAAAUUUCAUCACAAUUCAUUACAAACAUAUAUUUGUUAUUAAGUAUACCAACUACAAAUUAAAGGAAAUAAUAUUA